UAAUGCCCGUUGGCUAGAAAUUAUUAUUCGAGACUUUGUCUUAUCAGCACACAGAACAGCGAAAAUGAAAUUCAUCGUCCUUGCUUUGGCUUUGGUGGGUUGUGUGGUUGCCGAAUCCGGCUACAACUAUGCCAAUCCCGGCUCUUUUGGCGCUGCCUCGGUUGCGGCUCCAGUGAGAACCUAUGUGCCACCAGCCGCUGCUGCCCCUCAGGUGCAUCAUCAUUCCGUGGCCGCCUCGGCACCAGCUCCAGUCUUCCAUGCCGCUGAAUCCGCACCUGCUCCACAGAGAACCUAUGUGCCACCCGUAGCACAUGCUCCCGCUCCCGUUCACCAUCAUGUGUCUGCUCCCGCUCCCGUUCACCAUCACGUGGCUGCUCCCGCUCCCGUUCACCAUCAUGUGUCUGCUCCCGCUCCCGUUCACCAUCAUGUGUCUGCUCCCGCUCCCGUGCAUCAUCAUGCUGCUGCCUCAGCUCCAGUGCAGUCCUUUGCCGCUGCCGAGUCUGCUCCAGCUCCAUCCAGGUCCUAUGUGCCCCCAGCUCCAGUUCACUCUGCUCCUGCUCCUCAGACCCAUUACCAUGCUGCUGCCUCUGCUCCAGUGCAAUCCUUUGCCGCUCCAGCUCCCGUUGCCGCUCCAGCUCCAAGCUUCCAGGCUGCUGAGGCCUUUGAGUCCAACUACGAGGCUGCCGCUUCCGCUCCAGUUGCCGCCAGCUCCGGCUAUCAGUACAGGAGCGUGCGUCGUCGCGUCCACAAGCACCGUGCCUAAGUUGGUAAUGCAAAUCAUUAAAAAAUCAAUGCAAUAAAGAGAUUUAAAUCCGA